GAGCGUUUCAUCCAAACACCACUAACUCACUCCGUCCAUGGAAGCGGGAACUGCUCUCACUGUUCCCACUCACAUUCCCAUUCCCUUUUCCAAACGAACCACAAAAUCAGAGAAAACACCAUUCCUUUCUUUUCCUCUCCCAGCCUUCCAAACGCGCUUCCGCACCUUAAACCUUUCAUCUCCUCGUUCUUCUUCGUCUUCUUCUUCAGCUGACAGUUACAAAGGACCGAAGCCAAAACGCGACUUCCUUGCCGACUGGGUAUCCAAAAACGACGACGUCGUUCGCACCCUCCCUAUAUACGUUGGUGCUGCCUCCCUCUUCACCGUCCUCCUCAAUCGCGCCCUCUCCGGCAUUGCUCCCAUCGCCGAUGCCGGCAGUUCACAAUCCAGAGCUGACCUCUUGACCUUAGGGUUAGCCGUCACCAAUAUUUUGACAGGCCUAGUGUGGCUUUCUAUAAGACCCAAAUCUAUAAUGCCAGUAGACCCUGACGGAGUUGAAUGCAAGAGUGUGUGCACUGGUCUACCAGAGGUUGCGGUCAACGAGUUGCUCUGGGCGUGGGAGUCUCUAUCAGACGUCACGUGUUGUCAAUCCCUCAUUAUUGUUUAUGAGAGCAUUUGUGUACUUCAAAUUGGUGUUGCAGCAGAAUCUUUGCUUGGAAAUGGUGAGGCUGUCAGCGUUGACGCCAAUAAAUUGAUGCAAGGAUCAAUAUAUCAGGGUGUUAUGAAAUCUGGAGCUCAAAGUUACUUGGCUAACCUAUCUCUUUAUCCUGGGAGAUCCGAGCUGCCAUUUCUGCCUUCAAAUACUCAGGCAGUAAUUUUACAACCACUUGCCGAAAAAGGAAUUGCUAUUAUUGGCGGGGAUACAAUACGAGGUUUCACUUCUUCUGAUCAGGCGUGGAUUACUUUUAUCGGAGACAAACUGGAUUCUACCCUUGCAAAGUAUGUAAAACAUCUCCCUGUGAGUUAACAAGAUCAAUAUUCAAGGAAUCGCAAGCUUUCCCACUUAAGUUUGUUUGAUAACUUUAUCUUCAAUGGUCUAAAGAGAAUAUUUUCCUUGAUAGAUUGAAGAGUAUUCUGACAUCUUGACCUAGAUAAGAAUUUUAAGUUUUAUAAAUUGUAAUUUGGUCCCUUGAGUUUGUAAAAUUAAUUUUUGAUAUAUACAAAACAAAAAUGUUCGUUGA